CUUGUGUUAUUCAGCAACUAAAACAUGAAGAACAUGGCUUCGUUAAGCUCCCUAGCUCUGCUACUUGCAGCUUUUGUUCUGUCCCCUCAAGUGCUUGCUAACUAUGAGAAGCCCCCAGUAGAAAAACCUCCUGUCUACAAGCCUCCCGUUGAGAAGCCACCUGUGUACAAACCCCCAGUUGAAAAACCACCAGUUUAUAAGCCACCAGUAGAAAAACCACCCGUUUACAAGCCACCGGUUGAAAAACCACCCGUUUACAAGCCACCGGUUGAGAAACCACCAGUUUACAAGCCCCCGGUUGAGAAACCACCAGUUUACAAGCCCCCGGUUGAGAAACCACCAGUUUACAAGCCCCCGGUUGAGAAACCACCAGUUUACAAACCCCCGGUUGAGAAACCACCAGUUUACAAACCCCCAGUUGAGAAACCACCAGUUUACAAGCCACCGUAUGGAAAGCCACCUGUGCAUGAGUCUCAAUAUGAGAAACCACCAGUGUACAAGCCCCCUGUUGAGAAGCCACCGGUGUACAAGCCCCCUGUUGAGAAGCCACCGGUGUACAAGCCCCCUGUUGAGAAGCCACCGGUGUACAAGCCCCCAGUUGAGAAACCACCGGUGUACAAGCCUCCGGUGGAGAAACCACCAGUGUACAAGCCACCAGUGGAGAAGCCACCGGUUUACAAGCCCCCAGUUGAGAAGCCACCGGUGUAUAAGCCACCAUAUGGGAAGCCACCUUACCCGAAGUACCCUCCAACUGAUAGCACCCGUUUAGUGCAUGAAAUUUUCUGUGAAGCAGACUCGGAAGAAGAGUGGUUAGUAAAGGUUACAGAGUCAGAAGAAGAGUGGUUAAUGAAGGAGGGAAAGUCAGUGUUCACCGGUCCAGAUUUGAUUCAACAGACUAUAGAGAAGGUGAAGCUCAUUCAGGAGAGGAUGCAGGCAUCUCAGUGUAGACAGAAGUCCUAUGCUGACCAGAGAUGGAGAUCGUUGGAGUUUGUAGUUGGGGAUCAUGUUUUCCUCAUAGUGACUCCUACCACUGGUGUGGGAAGAGCCAUUCGUGCUUGGAAGUUGUCUCCUAGAUACCUUGGUCCUUAUCAGAUCCUGAGGCGUAUAGGAUCAAUUGUCUAUGAGAUAGCCAUGCCACCUCGGCUUGCAAACCUUUAUCCAGUGUUUCAUGUCUCACAGCUCAGGAAGUAUGUGCCUGAUCCAUCUCAUGUGUUAGAAGCUGAAGAUGUGCAAAACAUGAACAACAUGGUUUCCUUAAACUCCCUAGUUCUGCUCUUUGCAGCUCUUGUUCUGUCCCCUCAAGUGCUUGCUAACUAUGAAAAGCCUUACAAGCCUCCAGUUCAAAAGCCACCUGUGCACAAGCCCCCAGUAGAAAAGCCACCAGUUUACAAGCCACCAGUAGAAAAACCACCGGUCUAUAAGCCACCGGUUCACAAGCCCCCAGUUGAGGAGGAAAAACCAGUUUACAAAAGCCCAGUUCAGAAACAGCCAGUGCACAAGCCACCAUAUGGGAAGCCACCAGUGCUUGAGUCACAAUACGAGAAACCACCUGUUUAUAAGUCCCCACCAGUUUACAAACCACCAGUUUACAAGCCACCGGUUCACAAGCCACCUGUUGAGCAACCACCGGUUCACAAGCCACCAUAUGGAAAACCACCCGUGCAUGAGUCUCAAUAUAAACCUCCUCUUCAUAAGUCCCCACCAGUUUACAACCCACCACACCCUAAGUACCCUCCUGCUUCCAACUGAGGCACCCACCUGUGACGUUCAGAAUGCUGUUUUAACUAUAUGCAGAAAAUAAGAGGUGUUACCGCUACCAUUGUCAUGUUUUAGUUUACUUUACAUAUUCUCGCAAGGAUUACUCGUAGUUCUUCUUUUCAAGCAUUUCUUUGCCAUGUUAUGGCCAAGGUAAUAGUAUCAUGGAUGCAUAACGUAGAACUGAGAAUCACUGCUUUGUACUCCAAACUAUGAAUUAUAGAACUUUAUAUAAUUAAUCA